AUGCCUGGUCCUGCUCUGCUACCAGACCUGGCCAUGCUCUGCUACCAGGCCUGGCCCUGCUCUGCUAACAUGCCUGGCCCUGCUCUGCUAACAUGCCUGGCCCUGCUCUGCUACCAGGCCUGGCCCUGCUCUGCUACCAAGCCUGGCCCCUCUCUUCUACCAGGCCUGGCCCCACUCUGCUACCAGGCCUGGCCCUGCUCUGCUAACAUGCCUGGCCCUGCUCUGCUACCAGGCCUGGCCCUGCUCUGCUACCAAGCCUGGCCCCUCUCUUCUACCAGGCCUGUCCCCACUCUGCUACCAGGCCUGGCCCUGCUCUGCUACCAGACCUGGCCCUGCUCUGCUACCAGGCCUGGCCCUGCUCUGCUACCAGGCCUGGCCCUGCUCUGCUAA